UCAGGUUAUUCUUUCUGGCAUGGUGUGUUUUUUGGAUUUGAAAAAGCGAAAAAGCCGUAAAUAUCUAACAAAAUAGUCGUUGUCGCGGAUUUAAGUAAAUUGAAACUUAGUUGACUUCAUAAUGGCUGACGCCAAUAAUAAAGAGCAAUCGGUUACUAAAGUACCUAUGAUUUAUGUUUGUGGUGAAUGCCACCGAGAGAAUGAAAUAAAACCCAGAGAUCCAAUAAGAUGCAGAGAAUGUGGUUACAGAAUCAUGUACAAAAAACGAACCAAAAGAUUGGUCGUGUUUGACGCUCGGUGAAUGAAAAAUAACUCCACUAUAAUAUGGAUUUAUAUUCGUUUUAAUAAUCUUACUUAUAAAAUAUCCAUCCAUAAAAUGUAUAAUAAACAAUAAGUGGGCGAAUAUUUGA